CAGAAAAUUAUUCCAUUAGUUGCAAAACAUUAAAGUACAGUUAUAUUACAAUUAUUUGCCAAAUGAAGUAUUUAUUAUUAUUUAUUGUAGCAACUUUUUGCAUUGGAUUUAUUACUACCGGUCAUUUAAAUAUAUUUCGUGAAGAGCAACAAUUGUUACCACAUUAUUAUGUGCAUAGUCCAGGUCGACUGCUUGUCUGCAUUAGUGACGAUCCGAGAGAUGCAGUUAUCUGGAAUAAUGAAAUAGAGUGGAAUCCAUCGAUAAUUGAUGACGAUUACAUUGAUGAAGAGAUGGACGAUUAUGACUAUUCAAUGAAUUCAAGUAGCGAAGAAAAACAAUGUGAUAUUGACAUUGAUUCUUGGGAAUGUUUCACUGAAUGGAAUCAUCAUAAUUCUCAAUGGAAUAGAACAUCAUCUUUAGAUGUUCCUAUGGGUCCUGUUUAUGAUAAUCGAUGGGAACAUUUCAAAGAACUUAGUAAGUUUGAUGAAAAUGAUACAGAAUUUUAUCCGGUGACAGAUAAUAGACAUAAGAAUUCUACUCACUUCACAUUUCACGAAAGUGGCGCUUUAGUAGUUUCGAUUCGCGGAUUAGCUAAUGCACAGUUUUUGUUAUGCAGAGGUCAAAAUUACAGUCAUGAUUUUUGCUAUUGGCUUAUUAUUGGUGGUUGGCAUAAUACUAUAACGGCGAUUCGAAAAUGUGAGAACGGAAUACCGUCAGGGAUUCCGACUCCUGGAUCUAAUUGCAGUAUUCUACGGGCUUCUGUAACACAACACUUUCCAUUAACUGAAUUUGAGUGGAGAACAUUCAUAAUUGAAUGGGAAGCUGAAAAUCAAACAAUCAAAUUAUUUAAUCCAAAUGAAUUAAUUUUAACUUAUUCCGAUCCUGAUUUUACAUCUAAUAUUGUCGAUCAAAUUCAUUACGUCUUUUAUGGAAACCCAGAUUCUAACAUGAAAAUGCUUUACCGUUUUCAUGAAUAUCACUAUAUUUUAACACAUCAACCUGAUGCCAAAUUAACUAGCCCACCAGUUAAUGCUGACUAUUUUCACACAAUUUGCGUUGACAUGUUGGUCGGCUUAUGUCCAGAAUGUGAAUUACUUAUAAAUUUAGUCGAUGGAAACGGGACAAAACAGAGAACAGAAAUAAUUUCGAGAUCACUCGCUUAUCAAAAUAUCAAACAUGACUUACCCAUUUGGCAAUAUGUUCGAAUAAAUGCUUCCAAUGUUGAUAAGUAUCAAAGUCCAAUUACACUGGAAUUAACAACAAAACUUGCAGCCACUGGAAACGAUACCAAGUACCAUUGGGCUUUAGCUCGAUUUGAAAAGUGCUUACCAGAUAGAGCUGUCAAAACAAUAUCAACAAAUGUAGUUAGUCUCAAUAGUCAUCCAUUUCCAUCAUGGCCAAACGUGACUUGUCAAAGAUUUUCUUAUAUCGAAGAAAACACUGAAAUAAUUAGUUCGAUUUCGAAUUUCUAUUAUCCACCAGAGGAUUUCCCUCUUUGUCCGAACUUUAGUUUUGGGCCAUACUGCUCUACUCCUUGCAGUAAGUACUUCAGUUAUUAUUGCAAUCACAUAACAAUGUGUACGCAAAAUGGUUGCUUUUGCACACAAGGAUACUCUGGUUUUAGAUGUCAAAAACCAUGUGAGCGCGGAUCAUACGGCUUCGAGUGCCGAAAAACUUGUGAUAAUUGUCUCAAUGAACGGUGCGACGGAUAUGACGGCAAAUGUGACUCUGGAUGUGUUCAAUCCACAGAUCGUUUUCAUAUCCCACCUUACUGUAAUAUUGUCAUCGAGUCUCCACCGGCUCCAAGUAUCGAUCAUAUUAAUGAAACCACUGUGAAAAUAUUUUUACCGGAACUGAAUGAAUAUAAGCAUGUUAUAAUCUUAUUCAUAUUUGAAAUUGAGUCAGAUUCAGAAAAAAGUCAAAGUAAACUUGCAACAGAUGAAGUACUUGACAUCAAUAGUACUAAAAAAAAAAUUUACUCCGCAAUUUUUACUAAUUUGACUAUUGGUACAAAGUAUUCGGUAAGAUCAUUAGCAACUAUUCAUUAUGAUGAAAAUCAAUAUAAACAUAUGGAAGGAGCAUGGAAAACAUUUUCGACUUUAUGCGAUUGGGACUCGAAGUUUGAAAUUGAAUCUGGUGAAACAAGUAUAUUACUCAAAAGAAUAUCUCAGAAGCAAGCUUCUUCAUGUUCUGAUAGUUGGUAUAAUGUGGAACUAAGAAUGAUAUUCAAUUCUAAUAAGUCCUAUCCCAUAAAUAUAAAUCAUGUCCCUCACAAAUUUCCUAUGUUAUUUACAAAUUUAGCUCCAUUUACACACUAUAGAAUUUGUUUAAACAAUGCGGAUGUUAAAUUUAAUUUCUGUCAGGAAAUUCAUACACUUGAAGCUGAACCAUCAGAAGUUGAAUUGAUUAAACAUGAUUCAGUACAUGCUACGGAAGCAGAAAUUGGAUGGUUUCCUCCAAUUUUUCCAAAUGGAAAGAUACUGGGAUAUAAUUUAACAAUUCGAGUAAUUCAACAUGCAGGUUGUGAAGAUAGUUUUUUAGAAACUCCCAAAAGUCUAAUGACUCCCCGAACUGUACUAUUGAAUGAUUCAGAUAGUUUUAGAAUGUCAUACAAAUUCACUGAUUUAAUUCCAUAUGUUAUUUAUGAAGUUACGAUUCUAGCUUAUAAUUCUAAAAGCCAUGGAGAUGAAAGUAAAAUACGGAUCGAUACGGAUCAACUAGAAAUACCGACGGAAAUAUUUGAAGACUUGAAAUUUGAAAAAAAUAUAAUAACAUGGAGAAAACCAUCUAAUUGCUCAUUAAUUACGGGGCCGAUUAUCGACGCACGAUUCGUUUUAGUUGGACUGAGUGAAUAUGUCAGAAAUUUUAGCUUUCAAAUUUUGAAAGGAGAAUUCAAAGUAUAUUUGACAGAUAUAAAAGGAAUUUAUGGUGAUGAACAAUACCGCGCUCGAGUUUAUGUACUGCAUUAUCCCAAACGAAUACACAAUGAAACAGCUUACGCUGAAAUUUCUUUCAAGACGGAUCCAAGUCCACCACCAAAAGUUGAAAAAUUAGAAAUUGUGGAAGUCAAUCAGCAAGAAGAAACGAUGACAUUGCGAUGGCAAAAACCACUGUCACCGACAAAUGGAGAAAUUAUUUACUAUGCAAUCAGAUUUUCGGGCACAAAUAUUGAAACUACUGAUAUUGCUCAAGUAUAUCCUAAUGAAACAUGCAAACUGUGGAAAGAUUUGCUGUGUACGUCUAUUAAACAACCAUUUGGAACUAGAGAAUACAUUGAAGUAAGAGCUUACAAUAAAGGUGUGAAUAAAGGUGGAGAUGUUGAUACAGUUGAAUAUCAACCACAUGAAGGAGCUCCAAGUGCACCUGAGAUAACAUCUAUUGAAGAAAUAGAUAAAGGAGUAGUUGAUCUACGGUGGAAACAUCCUUGGAUAACCGGAGGACCAUUGAAAAGUUUUAUGAUUACUAUCAAAAUACUUUCGUCACGAUUAGAAAAGCUAAGAGAAGAUUUCAACAAAAUUUAUAAAAAAAUUGAAUUUCCGAUAACCGAGUAUAAAAUGGACUACAGUACUCAUAUAAAUCUAUUACCAUCUACACUUUAUAUACUAUCAGUAAAAGGCGUUACCAAACUGCAACAUGGUUUAGAAUCAUUUAUAGAAGUUGAAACACGUAAUACGUUGGCUUUUGAAUUUGAACCACAUCUUAUUGCAAGUGGAGAUGAUUCAACAAUUAAAGUUGUUAUACCACCGAUAGUUAAUAACACAGUUAAUAGUAUUUUAAAUAUUGUAGUUAAGGGAGAAUCAAUGUGUGAGGAAGGUUCAUCUUUAGAUUCUACUCUUGAAAAUGACGUUGGAUUGGAAUAUCAUGAAUCAGCUUGGCUUGCCGCUUCUUUUACGACCAGAAAAAAAAUGAAUCGUGUAUUCAUUAUUGGAGAUGGUGAGAGCUACAAUGGAAAUAUAAAUUGUCCGCUCCAUGUAGAUAAAUCCUAUGUCGUUGUAAUUGUAGUUCAUGACAGUCAAACAGUAAGAUCAAUAAUCUGGAAGUCACCAACAUUCACAGUUGGAACUAUUAUCAAAGCUUCUUAUGUUUACUGGCUAGUUCCGUUGUUGUUGCUUCUAAUUCUUGGCAGUGGAUUUAUAUAUUUUUACUUGAAAAAGAGGAACAAAAAAAGUAUUGGCUUAAAACCUGAUCGCCUUUCAGUCCAUCACACUACUAAAAAAGUGAAUGAGUACGUGAAUCGGAUACAAAAUGUAUCUCCCGAUCAUCAAGAAUUGAUUUCAUUGAAUCCUGGGUCUUCUGUUGAAGAAUUAAGCCCAUUUUCACCUUUCGCUUCAUCAAAUAAUAAUUUGUACAAUGUAAAUUUGUAA